AUGAACGAUGAUAAUGUUGUGCACUUAUCGGCUUUUAUUGAAUCACAAUGUCCUGAUUGCACGAAAUUCGUAAAUAAUCAGUUAGUACCUGUAUGGUCUAAAUUCAACAAAUCUAGGAGACUCGAGGUCAAAAUUAUACCUUUUGGAAAUGCUGAUUGCGAAAGUGUUGGCGAUGAUUUCAGUUGUGAUUGUCAACAUGGAGAACAGGAAUGUUUUUUGAAUGAAUUGAUGAACUGUGCAAUUGAUAUACUCAAAGAUCCACGAGACCAUCUACCAGUUAUUUUUUGCCUGGAAGGAAAGCAAAAUCGAGAUGUCGGCAUUAAAGAAUGUUUAUUGCGCCAUCAACAAAUCCCCGUUCACGAAAUAAUGGAAUGCGGCGCAACUGAAAAAGGAAGACGUCUUUUGGCUGAGGCUGGCAACGUGACGAGGUCGCUUCGUCCAUUACUGCAUUAUGUCCCGUGGGUUCUUUUGGACGACAAAUAUUCGCAAAGCGCUGAAAAUAAUCUACUCGAAACGCUGUGUAAUAAAUGGAAACCGAAACCACCUGAAUGUUACUGA